UAAAGAGCCCAAAACUGAAUUGUUGACAAAGCCCACUUCUUUUCCAUAUGGCAUGGUAAUUUUCACUAAAUAUAAUGAAUUCUACACAAACAUAUUACUUCAUUAUUGAAGUUUUAGCAUGAGGAUAUCUGAAAGACCAGAAGUCUCAUUUUCAAGAAAGUGUUUGUUGAGCUUCUGAAACCCUUCCCUUGCACAAGUUUCAUCUAGUGUAGGUGUAGCUCUAAAAAAUGGCACCAUAUGCUGCAACAAGAAGGACCAAAAACAAGCAGCAUCAGAUCCGAUCGGAAGAACACGAAGAAGAAGAAAAAGCAGCAUCGAUGGAGUUGUCUACAAGAAGGUCCAAAAGGCCAUCAACAUCUUCAUCAUCAAUGGUGGUUGACAAGGAGACGGAGGAGGAGGACAGUGAUGUAUGUGGUGGUGGAUGUUGUACUCCAAAGGCUGAGAAGUUCAGAAUACCAGAGCUCCUACCAUGUCCACCCCAAGCCCCCAAGAAGCUCAGACUCACUCCAAAUUGCUCACCCCAAACAUCUCCCAUCUCCUUCUAUGCUUCUCCUGAUAUUGACCUUUUUUUCCUCUUUGCUCUUUCCAAUAAUUCUCACCUUUCUUAAUUUACAAUUUAAAAAAAGAAAAGAAAAGAAAAGAAAAGAAAAGAAACGAAAAGAAAAAGGAUCAGCACAUAUAUAGUAAUUCUCUUUAAGCGUGACCAAAGGAGCUCCUACUGAGUUAGACUCUCUCUUUAUUCUUCUUUUUCUUCUUCUUCUUAUUGCACUUUCAAAUUUCUCACCUUGCUUAAUUCAAGUAGGGGACGAUUAGUGCGUAGCAAUUCUCUUUGGGCGUAACCAAAUGAGCUCCUACACACUGCAUAGCAAUUCUCUCUGAGCGUGACUAAAGGAGUUUCUACCCAUUGUAGAGUCGAGAGUCAGUCUCUCUCUCUCUCUCUCCCCUUCCUUAUGAGAACUUCAUAGUAGAUAUGGUAGUGUUAUUAUAUGAAUAUGGGUUAGCCCUAAGGAGGCUUGAUCCUUACCCAAGUAUUGUGCAAACAGAUGUCUAAUGACUUGACAUCGUGUUGGCAUGUUUGGUUUAUGUACUUGAAGUUGAAUGAACAAGCCCAUUGAUUUUA